AUGACGGACUCUCGGGCAAAUGAUAACUCGUUAAAGACUGAAACCUCCAACAACAGUGGCUUCAUUCCUGGUGACGACACCUGGACGCAAUGGCGCAAUGUCUUCGCUAUCCUGACCGAUAGAAUGACCGAUGAGGGCAAAGAACAAUUCCGCAUUGCGCGUGACACGCGGAAUGAAGCUGCGGACUGCAAGCGCUGUGAGGACCAGCGAGACUAUCUAUUGCAAUUCAGUCCGGUGAUCCGAUUCAUGAGCGACAGCAUCCGCCAGCUAGGUGGUAAUCUUUCCAGCCAUAAUAUCUACUGUCGCCGAUGUACCAGUCGAAAGGCAGGGGGUUUUGAUCCUGACUACGGUAUUCUGCUUUGCGCAAAUGAAAUGAAGGACCAGAGCCACUUAGAAGAUACAUUAGCACAUGAGAUGGUCCAUGCCUAUGAUCACCUCAGGUUCAAAGUCGACUGGUCAAAUAAUCUUAGGCACGCUGCUUGUACAGAGAUUCGAGCCAGCUCGCUGAGCGGGGAAUGCAGAUGGGCACGAGAGUUUUUCCGAAGGGGUCAAUGGAAACUGACCCAACAGCACCAAGAAUGUGUACGACGAAGAGCGAUCUUGUCGGUGCGGGCACGGCCGGGAUGCAAAGAUGAAGCCCACGCCGAGAAGGUGGUAAAUGAAGUUUGGGACAGUUGCUUUAGAGAUACUCGCCCCUUUGAUGAGAUUUAUCGCUAG